UUAAUGUUACCAAAGAAAUCUAUUGCAGCUCCUCCAGGACCUAAUAAAAUUUUCAACAUAAAAUCAUAUGAAAGGCCAGGAUUCACAGAAGAUGAAAUCAAGGAAAUCAAAGAGGCAUUCGAUAUUUUUGAUGAAGAUGGGUAAUUUUAAUAACAUAAUUUUAAGGGGUGGAGAAAUAGAUCCAAGAGAAUUAAAAACUGUGAUGGCAUCUUUGGGAUUUGCAACUGAUGAAUAAUUGCUCAACAAUUUAAUUGAUAUAGCAUAAACAAAUAAAAAUGAUGGAAAAAUAGAUUUUGAUGAAUUUUUAGAUCUUAUGACUGUUCGAUUAUCAGAUAUUAAGUCAAGAGAAAAUCUAAAGGAAGUAUUUGAUCUUCUUAAACCGAAUGAUAAAGGUUGUUUAGAAUUAGAAUCUUUGAAAGAAAUUUGUAGAGAAGUUGGUGAGAUAAUUGAUGAAAAUGAAUUGAAUGAAAUGUUAAAAAGAGCUGACUUUGAUAAGGAUGACAUGGUGAAUUUUGAAGACUUUUUUAAAAUAAUUACUUAUUAAAAAUGA